CCUGGAGAUCUGUCACCUGCUGCUGCAGGCCGGCGCCAACAUCAACGCCGUGGACAAGCAGCGCCGCACGCCGCUGAUGGAGGCCGUGGCGCACGACCAGCUGGAGGCAGCGCGGUACCUGCUGCUGCGCGGCGGCUGCGUCUACAGCAAGGAGGAGGACGGCUCCACCUGCCUGCACCACGGGGCCAAAAAUGGGAACCUGGAGAUGGUGGAGCUGCUGCUGAGCACGGGGCAGGUGGAUGUAAACGCACAGGACAACGGGGGCUGGACCCCGAUCAUCUGGGCGGCCGAGCACAAACACAUCGAGGUCAUUCGGCGGCUGCUGACGCGCGGGGCCGACGUCACCCUGACCAACAACCACUGCACCUGCCAGGACGAUUGCUCCUCCUCCAACUGCCACACGGGGCAGCUCAGCAUCUGCUGCUGGUACAACAAGCCAGGGUGCUGCCUGAGGGGGUUCCAGUGA